GGCCAUGAAAUGACAAGUAUUGGACUGCUGCUUGGUGUUUCUGCUGCAAAACUAGGCACCAUGGAUAUGUCAAUCACUCGACUUCUCAGCAUUCACAUUCCUGCUGUCUUACCCCCAACAUCCACAGAACUGGAUGUUCCUCACAACGUCCAAGUGGCUGCAGUAGUUGGCAUUGGCCUCGUAUAUCAAGGGACAGCUCACAGACAUACUGCAGAAGUCCUGUUGGCUGAAAUAGGAAGGCCCCCUGGUCCUAAAAUGGAAUACUGCACUGACAGAGAGUCAUACUCUUUAGCUGCUGGCUUUGCCCUGGGCAUGGUCUGCUUGGGG